AUGCAAAUCUUCGUCAAAACCCUCACCGGCAAGACCAUUACCCUCGAGGUUGAGUCUUCCGACACCAUUGACAACGUCAAGUCCAAGAUUCAGGACAAGGAGGGAAUUCCCCCUGACCAGCAGCGCCUGAUUUUCGCUGGCAAGCAGCUCGAGGAUGGCCGCACCCUCUCUGAUUACAACAUUCAGAAGGAGAGCACCCUCCACCUCGUCCUCCGCCUUCGUGGUGGUAUGCAGAUCUUCGUCAAGACUUUGACCGGAAAGACCAUUACCCUCGAGGUUGAGUCUUCCGACACUAUUGACAACGUCAAGUCGAAGAUCCAGGACAAGGAGGGCAUCCCUCCUGACCAGCAGCGCCUGAUUUUUGCCGGCAAGCAGCUUGAAGAUGGCCGCACCCUUUCCGACUACAACAUCCAGAAGGAAUCUACCCUUCAUCUCGUUCUCCGCCUCCGUGGUGGUAUGCAAAUCUUUGUCAAGACUCUUACUGGCAAGACUAUUACAUUAGAAGUUGAGUCAUCGGACACAAUCGACAAUGUCAAGUCAAAGAUCCAAGAUAAGGAGGGUAUCCCUCCUGAUCAGCAGCGUCUUAUCUUUGCCGGUAAGCAGCUCGAGGACGGUCGCACUCUGAGCGACUACAACAUUCAGAAGGAGUCUACUCUGCACUUGGUGCUGCGUCUCCGUGGUGGUAUGCAGAUUUUCGUCAAGACCCUCACCGGCAAGACGAUCACAUUGGAGGUUGAGUCUUCUGAUACCAUCGACAACGUCAAGUCGAAGAUUCAGGAUAAGGAGGGUAUUCCUCCUGACCAGCAACGUCUUAUCUUUGCUGGUAAGCAGCUUGAAGAUGGCCGCACUCUCUCUGACUACAACAUUCAGAAGGAGAGCACUCUGCAUCUCGUCCUCCGUCUGCGCGGUGGCCAGUAA